AUGUUUCGUUCAGAAGCUUUUUUGCCGCGGCUUCGCCUUGCCACGCUUGCGCAAAGGUCUGGAUUGUGCUUGGAGCGCACGCUGCACACUUCCACCGUAUGUCGUGCGGUGGGAAGCAAGAACGGACGGCAUCGUGUCGUGAUCGUUGGCGCUGGAUUUGGCGGGAUGCACUGUAUCAACAGGCUACACGGUACGGAUGCGGACAUCACCAUCAUUGAUCGCUCUAACCAUCAUCUUUUCCAGCCACUGCUUUACCAGGUAGGUACCUGCUCGCUCGGUGCUUCGGCCAUUGCGUGGCCGAUUCGUCACCUCGUGCACAAGUACCCGCAGAUGACGACGCUCUUGGGCGAAGUUCAAUACGUGGACAAGCAGAAGCGGGAGGUGAUCAUUGACAAUGAUCAAUCAGUACCGUACGAUACGCUCGUACUGGCGACGGGUGCCAGGGACACAUACUUUGGCCAUGACGAAUGGGCGAAGUAUGCUACAGGGCUAAAGUCGAUGACCGACGCAACUACCCUUCGCCAAAUGAUUCUGAUGGCAUUCGAGAUUGCAGAGCGUGAAACAGAUAUAAAGCGCCAGAAAAAGCUCUUGACAUUUGCCAUCAUUGGUGGUGGGCCUACCGGUGUAGAGCUGGCAGGCGCCAUGUCGGAAAUGGCGCGCGUUACUCUGUGCGACGAGUUCCGUCGGAUUGACCCGCGCCGCGCACGGAUUGUCCUUAUCGAGGCAGGCCCCCGACUUUUGAGCGCUUUUCCGGAAUCGCUGUCCGAAUACGCAAAGCAGUCACUCGAGCAGCUCGGCACCGAAGUUCACCUUUCAAGCGCCGUCACAGAGCUGACGCCCACAUACGUAGAAUUCGGUGGGCAGAGACUAGAGACACUUACCACGCUUUGGUGCGCGGGAGUGCAAGCUUCGCCUGCCGCACGCUGGCUCGAUACGCCGGCUGACCACGGUGGGAGGGUCAAGGUGGAGAAAGACCUUUCGGUGCCGGGCCAUCCCGAGAUUUUUGCCAUUGGCGAUACCGCCAUGGUUGUGCGCGGUGAUGACGAGCAGCGCGUGCCAGGCGUGGCGCCUGCAGCAAAGCAGAUGGGAAAGUAUGUCGGCAACGUGAUCCGCAAUCGCCUGCGCGACCAAUCAGUACACGCACCGUUUCACUACGUCGACUUGGGCAAUCUUGCGACCAUCGGUAAAAACAAAGCCGUUGUCGAUUUUGGGUUUGUGCGCUUCAAGGGUCGUUUAGCGUGGUGGUUGUGGGGCAUUGCGCACAUCUUUUUUUUGAUCGGUGUGCGCUCCCGCGCCAGUGUUGCACUAACGUGGCUUUGGGCGUACACAAAGGACCGUCGCUCUGCGCGCCUCAUUACGCAAAAUCCGCGCCGCAAUCUGCCCUAUGGUUAUGGGGACUUUGAGGACAAAGGUAAAGAGGAGGUUCAUACACAUUGA